AUGCCUAAGGACAAAGGGCAAAACCGGGGCCAGGAAGCCGCCGCCGCCAGAACCAGGACCCAUGCUACGGAAACCGCCUCACACAGCGAGAUGGGUCCUGCUGAACUCUUGCGUGAACACAUGGAUGCUUCUGGCAAUGCAGUACCCGAUGAAAGUUGGGGUCCUACAAGAGCUGAGGACGAUUCCGACUUGGUUGAUGCUAUGAAUGCGGAAACUUCAGAAUUUGACAAAGAUUGA